AUGUGUGGAGGAGCCAUCAUCUCCGACUUCGUGCCGCCGGCGAGCCGAUUGUCGCGCCGGCUCACACCCGAGUUGCUUUGGGGCGCAGCCGAUCCUUCUUUUAACAGCAAGAACAAGCGGCCUACGAGCUAUCGCACGAAGCCGCUGAGGUAUCAGUCGUCUGUUGAUUUUGACGAGGAGUUCGAAGCCGAUUUUCAGGAAUUUGAGGAUUGCUAUACCGAUGACGAAGAGGAGAUCGAUUUGAAAAGGCCGUUCGCUUUAUCUGCUGCGAAGAACUCUAGCUUUAAGGGUUUGAAGUCUGCAGACACUAAUAAAUGCAAUAAUUCCGCUGAGAAAACCUCAAAAAGGAAGAGAAAAACUCAGUACAGAGGCAUUCGUCAACGCCCGUGGGGUAAAUGGGCUGCCGAAAUCCGUGACCCAAGCAAAGGUGUCCGAGUUUGGCUUGGCACUUAUAACACAGCUGAGGAAGCUGCUAGAGCUUAUGAUAUCGAGGCCCGUAAAAUCAGGGGAAAGAAAGCCAAGGUGAAUUUUCCUGAAGAUACUGCACUGUCUUCUGUUAGCUCAAAACAAACAGUUAAACUGAAAUCCCAAGUUCUCCCUCCCAUAAAAGGUACAAGACCCAUUCAGCACAAUUCAAACAUGGAUACUGGUUUUGCAGGCAUGCUUAAUACUGAUUAUGAUAGUUUUUUGAAUUUCCUUGACGAAAAACCACAAAAGAAACUACUUGCCUCCUGUGAUAUUGGUUCGAACUCGAAACUUUUUCACUUGAGCUCAGAUCAGGGCAGUAAUACCUUCGACUGCUCAGAUAUUGGUUGGACCGAAAAUUGUGCCAAGAGUCCCGAAAUAUCAUCUGUCCCUGCAGCUGCUGUUGGUAAAAACAACCAAGCUCAAAUUUUGGAGGAAUCAUGCCCGCCAAAGAACGUGAAGUCGAAUUCAGAGGAAUUUGUGCUUGGUGAUGAGAAUAUUAAUGAAAUUAACGAGGAUAUUUUUCAAAUGCCUUAUCUUGAUAACAACUGGGAUGUCUCGAUUGAUGCACUUCUCAAUGGUGAUGCGACUCGUGAAGGUGGGAAUACCUUGGAUCUAUGGGCUUUUGAUGGUGUUACCGGUAUCAUGGAUGGUGGCGAUGUGUACUGA